CGCCAUUCUACAACUGGGCUUGAAUUCUUGUUUUUUUCUAGUCAGGGUUUAUCUGCACAAUAAAUGGGCACCCAUACACCAUAUUUGAAAUGUAUUAGUACAUCCUUUAGCGGCUCGUUCUGGAUUGCAUAAUCUAAACACUGAAUGAAACCUUGUUACAUAGUUGAGGUUUUUUGACGUUUUGACAAGCAUCAUACUAUGUUUCCAGAUUCCUAUUGCAUAAAGCUCACCACGGUGCUGACUUUCAUUAGUCUUUUUCAGUUUCUAUAAAUAUUUCCGGUCUUCGUUAUUAGUGUAUACUAUUAAUUUACUGAAUGUUACCGCGUGUUGAAACUUGAAACAUAUAGGUGCGGAAAUAAAGUAUUGAAGAAGAAAACAACAAAUUUGAAAACGAAAAUUAUUGCACAAAAUGGCCCCAUCAUGUUAGUGGCUCAUUAUCAUAUGUAAUUUUUGGCUCCUCAGACUUGACCAGACUCAAAUAGAUCUCAAGGGAUAGUCCUUGAAAUCAUCAAGAUUGUAACCUGAAGAAGUUAGCAAGAAAGAUGGCUGAAGCAAUUGUAGUCGAUCUUGCUGCUGGUCUGGCCCGAAAGCUAGUUUCACUUGCAACUGAUGAAGUGAUUCAGGUCUGGAAACUUCACGAAGAUUUGGAGACACUGCGUGAGAGAUUUGAACUAAUCGGUGCUCUCUUGCACGAUGCUCAAACCAAGAAUUUAAUCAUGUCUACUGCCAGAAUUUGGUUCAACAAACUUGAAGAUGUGGCUCAGGCAGCUGAAGCUUUUAUGGAUGAACUCGAGUAUGAAGUUACUCGAAGAAAACUGGAGAAUCGUCAUAAGGUAAGAGACUUCUUUGUUCCUUCUAAAAACACCUUAUUAUAUCGUUCCAAAGUGGCUCAUAAGAUCAAGAAUAUCAAUAAUUCCUUUGACAAGAUUUGUAAAUGGGCUACUGAUAUUGGACUUAAGCCAGUAGAGCAUUUGAUAUCUACUGUGCAACACAGUGAGAUACGCUACACCCAACCCUUUGAAGACGAGUCACUGAUUGUCGGAAGAGAUGAUGACAUAUCAUUUCUAGUUAACAUGGUGUGCAACCCAAAUGAUGAGGCUUUACAAGUGAAUGCAAUACUCGGGAUGGGUGGUCAAGGCAAAACAACUCUUGCCCGCAUGGUUUACAAUAGAGAUGCUGUGAUCAACAUGUUUCCGAAGAGGAUGUGGGUCACUGUAUCAGAUGAUUUUGAUUUCAUGAUGAUUUUGAAUCAAAUGGUAGUGUCACUCACUUCGAGGCCUUCUGUACUGGAUAAUGCAGAAGGUCUGAUAAAAAAUCUUCAAGAAAAGCUGAGGGGCGAAAAGUUUUUACUUGUGCUAGAUGAUGUUUGGAAUGAGAAACCAGAAGAAUGGGACAAGUUGAGGAAUUCUUUGCUUGGUAUUCGGGGUGCCAGAGGCAGCAAAAUUUUUGUUACCACUCGUAAGCAGGAAGUGACUGAUGCUAUGCAGUGUUCUGAUCCUUAUCUGGUGACAAAACUAACAGUGGAAGAUAGUUGGGAAUUGUUUAAGCAAAAAGCAUUUUCGAAUGGAGGAGUUUUAGAGACUGAGGCAUUUGUGGCCUUGGGUAAACGAAUGGUAGAAAGAUGUGGAGGUCUGCCUCUGGCAAUUAAAACACUAGGGAGUUUAUUGUACUCAAAGAAGACCGAAGAAGAGUGGUUGCUAAUCCAAAACAGUGAAAUAUGGAAAUCGAAAGGUGUACUGUCUUCCUUGAGGCUGUCAUAUGAUAAUCUACCUUACUCUUCUUUGAAGCGAUGUUUUGCAUAUUGUUCCAUUAUGCCAAAGGAUCAUGACAUUUAUAAAGAUGAAUUGAUACAAAUAUGGAUGGCAUUGGGAUUCCUUCCGGGGGAUAGGACUGUUUUGAUGGAAGACAUUGGAAACGAUUACUUUGACAUCCUGUUGGGAAAUUCUUUGUUACAAGAUGUGGAAAAGGAUGAAUACGGAUAUAUUACCAAGUGCAAGAUGCAUGAUCUUGUGCAUGAUCUUGCACUAGAUGUGUCAAGUAAUUAUUCUACUACUGUAAAUCCAAGUCGUGAUGUUGACAAGGGAUCAAAGGCUACAUAUGUAAGGCUGGAAGGAUUCAAAGAUGUAAAACGAAGUAUGUUUAAGCUACGCUUUGAUACAGUACAAGCACUAUAUACAGAGAUCACUAUAUUUAACUUUGUGUUACCCAAACUCAAGUACUUGAGAGUUUUGGUUUUAGAAUCAUUUUGUAAUGAGGUGCCUGGUUCAAUUGGGAAUUUGAAAUACCUUAAGCAUUUAGAUCUCCUGCGGAUAGAUGUCGAUACUAUCUAUAAACUGCCGAAUCACAUUACAAGACUCUACAACUUGCAGACUCUAAGAAUUUCACAGGAUCGUGAGCUUCCAGAAAACAUCUGCCAACUUACAAACUUGAGACAUCUUGUUAUUGGCUAUCCUGAAAUUAGUUACAUGUUUGUUGGGAUUGAGAGGUUAACUUGUUUGCAAACGCUGCCUCAUUUUGUUGUGAAGAAAAAUCAAAAUUGUCUCGUUGGACAACUAGGAAUGUUAAAAAAUCUUAGAGGUACGCUUAGCCUUUAUGGCCUUAAUGACGUGGAGAAUAUUGAAGAAGCACGUAAAGCAAAGCUGUGUGAAAAGUCCAAUAUUCGACAUUUACUGUUGAAGUGGACGAACAAUGAAGAUGAUAGGGAAGAAGGAGUAUUCAAUGAUGAGGGUGUGUUGGAAGGAUUAGAACCUCACCCGAAUCUGAAAGCAUUGGAAAUUGAAGACUUUAUGGGAAAGAAAUUUGCGUCAUGGAUCCCAACGAUGACCAACAUGGUGAAAAUCGCCGUGAAAUAUUGCAGCAGGUGCGAAGGAUUUCCCCCACUGGGUCACCUUCCUAAACUGAGAGAGAUAUCUAUAGACCGGAUGGAAAAUGUCAAGGUUAUCGGAAAUGAUUUAUGUGGAGGCCAAAGUCUGGCCCAAAAAGCAGUCACAGCAGCACUGUAUCCGUCAAUGACAACACUCAUUUUACGGAGAUUGCCAAAGCUAGAAGAAUGGGUGGAAGACUUUUUGAGUAAAGGGGGUAAAGACCAAAUUGUAUUUCCUAAACUUGAGAGGUUGGAAAUCUUUUAUUGUCCAAGGUUGAGAAAGAUCUUGAAUAGCUGUUUUCCGUCCUUGAAAGAUUUGAGUAUUACAUAUUCGGAGAGCAACCUGAUACUAGAAACUAUGUAUAUGCAUGUUAGCUCACUCACCACUUUACAACUGCGGAAUAUCAGCGACGGAGGAGGAGAUUCAUCAUCCUCUUCUUCUUGUUCAAACUUGGAUUCAAUACUCAAAGUGCUAUUAAAAAAUAAUUCUCUUUCUCUGACCUCAUUAGACCUACUUGACUGCAAGGAUUUGCAGCAUCUCACCCUUGGUGUCUCUCUUGACAGCUUGUCUGUGUAUGAUUGCCCGAAUCUGGUAAGUUUUAAUUUAGUUGAAGGAUUAGCUGGUCUAAAAUCUCUCUCACUAGGGGGGCUCCCCUCGUCUCUUCUAGAUGGAAUAUCUGCCCAAAUUCAGAGUUCCGCACUUAGAUUUUUACGCUUAGGUCCCUUCUCAGAUGAAUUUCCAUGGCCAUUUUCUUCUUCACUAAAUUCAUUCCCUAACCUAGUUUUGCUGUCUCUGCGAGGGCGGGAAAAGGUAAAUUCAAUAGCGCUCUUUGAGAAACUUCAGUUCUCCACCUUCCCCGCCUUGACUAAACUAUCUAUAUCUAAUUUCGGAGGUAUGAAAGCUCUUGUCCUGUCAAUAGAAAAGCUUCCAUGUCUCAACGAGUUACGUAUUCACAGUUGUAAGGAUUUGGAGAGAGUGUUACUGUUUGAUGAAUCUCAUUGCCUGGAAUAUCUAGAGAUAAGUGGGUGUCCAAUUCUGAAAGAAAGAUGUGGAAAAGAGAGUGGGCCAGAAUGGUUCAAGAUUCAACAUAUUCCGGGUAUCAAAUGGGAUAAUGAGUCGUGGAUCAAAGGGUUUCGUCAUCACUAAUGAUCCAAAGAUAUUGCAGGAAAGUGGCCCAGAAAAGUUCAACACUCUCUACAUUCUUAAAUCUUAAUUUUGUAAGUGAUUUAAUGUAAUGCCCUUUUUGACUAGCACCGAUGAACAAUGAGUACGCACUUUGCUCA